AUGGUGGGUCACAUCCCCUUCGGCUGGCUGCCCAUGGACCCCGCCGCCGCCUCCGCGGCCACCGGCAACCUUCCGGCCCCGUUCUCUGCUGCAGCUGCCAACGGACACGUGUACUACUACCUCGACCCAGCACUGUACGCGUCUGCCGUGCCGCUCGCCAGGCAGCCCGCGGUCCCGACCGCCGCAGAGGUGGCGAGGCGGCGCCAGGAGGAGGAGGACGCGGGAAUCCACCUGGUUCACCUCCUCGUCACCUGCGCCGGCGCCAUUCAGGCGGGCGACUACUCGGCUGCCGACGACAACCUGACCCAGGCGCGCUCCUUCCUCGCAGCGAUUACGAGUUCGACCGGGAUCGGGCGCGUCGCCAAGCACUUCGUGGACGCGCUCGCGCAGCGCCUCGUCCCGGCGCACCCGCAGGCGGCGCCGCCUCCCGCCACGCCAGCCGAGUUGCACAUCCAUUUCUACGAUGCGGGGCCCUACCUCAAGUUCGCCUACUCCACGGCGAACCAGGCGAUCCUCGACUCGUUCGAGGGCUGCGACCGCGUGCACGUCGUCGACUUGGCCCUCAUGCAGGGGCUCCAGUGGCCGGCGCUCAUUCACGCCCUGUCCCAACGCCACGGCGGGCCGCCGUACCUCCGCAUCACCGGAAUCGGAGGCGCCGGCGAUGAGAUCGGUGAGGUGGGCGUCCGCCUCGAGCAGUUCGCGCGCUCCCUGGACGUCCCCUUCACGUUCCGGGAGGUCCGCGUCGACCAGCUUGACGGCUUGCGCCACUGGAUGCUCGGGGUCGUCCCCGGGGAGGCGCUGGCCUUCAACUCCGUACUGCAGCUCCAUCGCCUCCUCGUCGACCCGGACGUCGAUCCGGCGGUGCCCGCGCCGAUCGAUACCCUCCUCCAUCUGGUUACCUCCCUGCAGCCCAUGGUAUUCACGGUCGUGGAGCAGGAGGCCGACCACAACAGGCCGGCGCUGGUAGAGAGGUUCACCAACGCGCUCUUCCACUACAGCGCCAUGUUCGACUCCAUGGUAGCCGCGAGCCACCGCACCGGCGGCGGCAGCACCACCAGCGCGCUCGCGGAGGCGUGCCUCCGGGCGGAGAUCCUCGACGUCGUCUGCGGCGAGGGCAGCGCCCGCGCAGAGCGCCACGAGCCGGUGGGCCGCUGGCGCGAGCGCCUCGCGCGCGCGGGGCUGGCCCAGCUGCCGUUCGGCGCGGACGAGGUCCGCCGGGCGACGGCGCAGCUGAUCCGCGCGACGCUGUUCUCCGCCACCGGGUACGGCGUCCUGGAGUGCGCCGGCAGCCUCGCGCUAGCGUGGCACGACCGGCCGCUGUACGCGGCGACGGCGUGGCGGGCAACAGGAGGAGAUGUUGCCGUGCCGGCGCCGCGGCUGUCGCUGCCGAGGAGCGGGACAAGGGCCGCCGCCGCAACAGCAGGAACGGUAGCGGCGAGAGUAACGGCCGCGGAAACCGGUUCUGCGCCGGGAGUUCCAUCUUUGCUUGUUGCGCGCGACGCGGUCACCGUCAAGACGCCGCCGCCCGAGAAGCGGCCGCAGCAGGAGCAGUGCGGCAGCGAGUACGAUGCCAGCGUCGACGCCACGUUCCGGGUCAUGGAGAAAGAAACCGCGGAGCGGCCCUCGCCGGACUACCUCAGCGACACGCAGGCGGGGGGCAUGAUGAUGAUCGACCGCGCCACCCUCAUCGAGAAGAUGCACCACUUCUCCAGGUACUACGACCUCGCCCCGGGGACGCUGCACCGCGCCGUCUCCUACGUCGACCGCUUCCUCUCUGCCAGGAUGAUCCAUGGCGGCGAGCGCCAGCUCCUCCUCCUGGGCGCCGCGGCCGUCUUCGCCGCGGCCAGGUACGAGGACAGGAAGACCACGCGGAGGAUCAACGCCGACGCCGUCGCCGCAUAUGUCCGGUGCACCCGGAGCGAGGCCCUCGACGCGGAGCGCGAGCUGGUGGCGGCGCUUGGUUACCGCCUGAGCGGGCACGCGGCCUACACGUUCAUCGACCACUUCUUGAGGCACACGCAGGACAAGGAGGAGGAGGGCUCGGCGGCGGCGUUGGUCAGGCCCCUGGCGCACCACCUGGCGGACAUGGCGCUGCUGGACUACCGGUGCGUGGCGUUGCUGCCCUCCGCCGUGGCGGCGUCGGCGAUCGUGCUGGCGAGGCUGGUCCUGGGCUACUACUCGACGGCGCCGGUGGCCGGGUACGCGAUCGAGGAGCUGAGCGAGUGCAUGGAGGCGAUCUACGACAUGCACGAGAACCUGGAGGCGUGGCCAGGAUGCGGCCCGAUGAUGGAGGACUGGGAGCUCACUACUCGCCUCAGAUACUCCUUGCCUCACUACAGUGUACUGACCCGUUAG